GCAUGCGCAAAGGCGACUGGGAAGCUCGCGUUGCGCACUCUACGUGCCCUCCGCUCCGCCCGAAACAUCGGCACCACACGUUCCGACACCGAACAAAACUAAAUUGGUGUCAUGAAUAAAAACAAUAAUAGAUAGCAUUAAAAUUAUCACCAUAUUCACCAUGGGCAACCAGCUUACAAACGAAGCUUACGUAUUCGCCUUCAAAACCUUCCUCUUGGGCUUCAAUUUCUUGUUUUUGGCUACAGGUAUACUUCUUCUCGUGGCGGGAAUCUGGGCCACAUUCGACUUGUACACCUAUGUAGAAUUGGAAUAUCCUGAAAUUUCCGGAACGGCCCCGCAGCUGCUAAUAGGCAUCGCUGGACUGAUUAUUGUGGUUACUUCCGUUGCAUUCUCCUGCAUAAUCAAGGGACAACCUGCUCUCCUUUUUAUUUACGGCGCCAUCCUGGCAUGCAUCUUCAUGAUGGACGUUGGCGUGGGAGCGGCGGUGUGCGUCUACCAACACACCUUCGCCAAGGGCCUGUAUGACGGUCUCACCCGAACGCUGGCUUCGAACAUCCCAAAAAAAGACAAUUUGAACUUCGCUCAGGCUACGCUACAUUGUUGCGGUGUUUCGAACUACACAGACUGGACGCGGUUAUCCCCACAGAGAGUAAUACCGACCUCUUGCUGCUUGGACCCUAAUAACUGUAUCACAGCAAAUUAUAUGGACGUCUAUCAGAGGGGCUGCUAUGAGGUGAUAGUGGAAUAUUUAACGAACAACAUGAACUUUUUGUAUGGCAUCAUGAUUGUAACGGGCUCGCUGCCCAUACUAGGCACCUUCCUGUCAUGCUGCCUGGCAAAGUAUAUUAAAAAAUCGAAUUAUGACGCCAUGAAUUAAAAUAUUUCGUAACAUAAUGUAAAUAGGUAAAAUUUCAAAUAAAAUUAAAUGAUUAACAAAUUAAAUGAUUUAAGACUUCUUUUAGAAA